CCCGCGGUGUCAGCUGAUUCCCGGGCUGUGCUGCGGCGGUGACGGUGGCGGCGGCGAUGGAGUUUCUCCUGGGCAGCCCCUUCAGCUCCCCCGUGGGGCAGCGCAUCGAGAAAGCUACCGAUGGAUCCCUGCAGAGCGAGAACUGGGCCCUCAACAUGGAGAUUUGUGACAUCAUUAACGAGACGGAAGAAGGGCCCAAAGAUGCCUUCCGAGCCAUAAAGAAGAGGAUCGUAGGAAAUAAGAACUUCCAUGAGGUCAUGCUGGCUUUGACAGUUCUGGAGACGUGCGUUAAAAACUGCGGCCACCGCUUCCACGUUCUCGUGGCCAGCCAAGAUUUCGUGGAAAGCGUCCUGGUGAGAAUCAUCCUCCCCAAGAACAACCCACCUACCAUAGUGCACGACAAAGUGCUGACUCUCAUACAGUCCUGGGCAGACGCGUUCCGCAGCUCACCAGACCUGACAGGCGUCGUAGCUGUCUACGAAGACUUGAGGAGGAAAGGCCUGGAGUUCCCCAUGACUGAUCUAGACAUGCUGUCGCCCAUCCACACACCACAGAGGACUGUGUAUGGCUCCGACUCUCCGUCCGAACAGAACUCACCUGCUGGCGACUCCCCUCAGGGAGUAGACUCCAUCCUGCACCCUGUCUCCUUGCCGGGGGGGCCAGGUGCCUCCAGCGAAACCCCCAUCACACCCACACCAGAGCAGAUUGGGAAGCUGUGCAGCGAGCUGGAAGUGGUGAAUGGGAACGUGAAGGUGAUGUCCGAGAUGCUGACAGAGCUGGUGCCCGGACAGGCUGAGCCCUCUGACCUUGAACUCCUUCAGGAACUGAACCGGACAUGUAAAGCGAUGCAGCAGCGUGUGCUGGAGCUGAUCCCCCGUAUCCUCCACGAACAGCUAACGGAGGAGCUGCUCAUCGUCAACGACAACCUUAACAACGUGUUCCUGCGCUACGAACGGUUUGAGCGGCUCCGGGCUGGCCAGCCCAUUAAGGUCCCAAUUGAGGUGGAAAACAGUUGGAUCAACACGGGGCCCAGUGCUCCUCUGAUAGACAAGCCGCCCGAAGCUGCCAACAGCCUCUCCUCUCAGCUGGCUGGAAUAAAUCUGGGCUCCGGAAGCGUCAGUGCGGGGCUGCAGUCCCUAAACAGCUCUGGCAAACUGGAGGAAGAGUUUGACAUGUUCGCAUUGACGCGGGGCAGCUCGCUGGCUGAGCAGCGCAAAGAGGUAAAGUAUGAAGACCCCCAAGCAAACAAAGGGCUGGCUGGAGCCCUAGAUGCCCGGCAGCAGAGCACAGGAGCGAUGGAACCUAGCGCUUCCAUUGAUGGAGCCCCACUAACUAACUGGAUGGUGCAGCAAGGAAUGAUCCCGGUCCCCCAAGCCGGCUUCAUGGAGGACAUUGAGCAGUGGCUCUCCACUGAUGUGGGGGAAGAGACGGAAGAGGCAAAGGGCGUCACCAGCGAAGAGUUCGACAAGUUCCUGGAAGAGCGAGCCAAGGUGGCGGACCAGCUGCCCGCGCUCCCCAGCCCACGAGCAGGGCCACCUGCCGCCUCCAGUCCACACCGGAAGCAGGAGAAGGAAGACAACACUAUGUUUGCCUUAUGAACCCUAUGGACUGGUGUGCUGUGGAGCAAGAGGACACUCUGUGGUGCUCCAUUCCUGCCAGGGGCUGGGAGAGGAAGGGCCCUGCGCCCCCAUUGCUCUCCUCUCACUCCUCCCCCCACUUACCUAUUUUAGGCUGCUUUGGGGUUAAGUUAAUCAUUGCUGUGUUUUGAGGACAUCACGGAGCAGGCCUGUGAAGGGUGCUGGUGAAGCUGCUGGAGAUGUCACCAGACAAGUCUGGGGGCCCUGGGGUAUCUUAUUGUGAUGGGGCAAGUGGAGGGCUCUCCCCACGCUUCUUUCCAGUAAAAUCACUGUAACCCCUCCUGAGAACUGGCAGCCGGGAGCUGUCUGUGUCUGGGGUCUUUCCUGCUCGGCUGCUCCCUUUGACAGGCUGUGUCUCCCACGUCCAGCUGGGGCGCUCUGUUCUAGGCUGCUCUCCAGAGUGGGUCCCCUCCCUCCCUGCUGUUCUCAGGGCUGAGCUUUGCCCAUCCCCUGCUGCAGUGGGACGUGCAGGGGUGGGGAGUGAUUCUUAUGGGGAGAGCACUGACAGCAGGGAGGCCUCUAGUAUUUGUUUCCCUGUCGCCCAAGCACAUAUAUGCAACACGCCCCUUGUGCCCCCAGAACCCCACCCAGGGCCCGUGUGAUUUUGUCGUACAUAGUCCAGGUACCGAAUCUCAUGGCUGAAUAUGGGGAUGGGCCUGCAAACGGUACCAAAUCCGAGGGUGGAGGGGUGCAUGCAAUCCAACUCUAGAAAGGGGGGCAAAGGGGCGGAUGUGCCUUCAGCAAACGCUUUGAGGUGAAUUGCUUUGAUUCUUGGAUCUCCUUUAGUCCCUGUCCUCCCCCCUCCCCCAGACUUAACUCCCCCCAUAACGUCCAGCUAAGGCUCCCCUUGUUCCCGCUGUGGAAUGGGGCGGGGGGGUGAGAGGAGAGUGUCUCUGAGAGAAAGGGGAGAACACUUUAAACAAACAGUGCAUGCUGCCAUGUGCAGACGUGGCAGGGGAGGAGCGUGCCAGGCCCGGGGCUAAUGCUGAUUAUUCUAUGUAAACUGGGAGACUUGCCUUUUGUAUCACACAUUAAACAAGCAAUGUCCUGA